UCACCCGGAUCUUCCUCCGCGGCGGGCGGAGGGGGGGUCCGGCCGCCCCAGCGCUUCCGGCGGGGCCGGCUGCGGCUCCGCCAUGGGGAAGAAGCACAAGAAGCACAAAGCCGAGAAGGCAGAAUGGCGCUCGACCUCCGCCACCGCCUACAGCGAUUAUGUGGACAAGCCUUUGGAAAAACCCUUAAAGCUCGUUCUUAAAGUUGGAGGCAGUGAAGUCACUGAACUCUCUGGGUCAGGGCAUGACUCUAGUUACUACGAUGAUAGAUCAGAUCAUGAGCGAGAACGACAUAAAGAAAAGAAGAAAAAAAAGAAGAAAAAGUCAGAGAAGGAAAAAGAAAAGCAUCUAGAUGAUGAGGAAAGAAGAAAGAGAAAGGAAGAGAAAAAGAGGAAGAGGGAGAAGGAACAGUGUGACACUGAAGGAGAAACUGAUGACUUUGAUCCUGGGAAAAAAGUGGAGGUUGAACCUCCUCCAGAUCGUCCUGUCAGAGCAUGCAGAACUCAGCCAGCUGAAAAUGAGAGCACACCAAUCCAGCAAUUACUGGAACACUUCCUUCGCCAGCUUCAAAGGAAAGAUCCUCAUGGGUUUUUUGCUUUUCCAGUCACGGAUGCCAUUGCUCCUGGAUAUUCCAUGAUAAUAAAACACCCUAUGGAUUUUGGUACGAUGAAGGAAAAAAUUGCAGCAAAUGAAUACAAAUCAGUCACUGAAUUCAAGGCCGAUUUUAAACUGAUGUGUGAUAAUGCAAUGACUUACAACAGACCAGAUACUGUUUACUACAAGCUAGCCAAGAAGAUACUGCACACAGGCUUUAAGAUGAUGAGCAAAGAACGGCUGUUAGCUUUGAAGCGCAGCAUGUCGUUUAUGCAGGACAUGGAUUUUUCUCAGCAGGCAGCUCUUUUGGGUGAUGAAGACACAGCAGUUGAAGAACCUGUUCCUGAAGUUGUUCCUGUACAAGCAGAGACUACCAAGAAAUCCAAAAAGCAAAAUAAAGAAGUCAUUAGCUGCAUUUUUGAACCUGAGGGGAAUGCAUGCAGCCUGACAGACAGCACUGCUGAAGAACAUGUCCUGGCACUAGUGGAACAUGCAGCAGACGAAGCUCGGGAUAGGAUUAAUCGAUAUCUACCCAACAGCAAGAUUGGUUAUCUGAAAAAAAAUGGAGAUGGAACUUUAUUAUUUAGUGUAGUAAAUUCAUCUGAUCCAGAAGCAGAAGAGGAAGAAACUCACCCAGUGGAUCUGAGUUCACUGUCAAGCAAAUUAUUACCUGGCUUCACUACUCUGGGCUUCAAAGAUGAACGAAGAAAUAAAGUAACCUUUCUUACCAGUGCCAAUACAGCACCUUCCUUGCAAAACAACUCUAUAUUUCAUGAUUUAAAACCAGAUGAGAUGGAGCUCCUAUACUCAGCAUAUGGUGACGAAACUGGGAUCCAGUGUGCCUUAAGCUUACAAGAAUUUGUGAAGGAUGCUGGAAGUUACAGCAAGAAAAUAGUUGAUGAUCUUCUGGACCAGAUCACUAGUGGUGACCAUUCCAAAACUAUUUAUCAGCUAAAGCAGAGGCGAAACAUCCCAGUAAAACCACUGGAUGAAGUUAAAGUUCUGCCAGUUCUUAUAAAAGAAGAACACAAGUUGCGCAAUACCUGUCUGGAUUCUUCCAAACAGAUUAUGGUUGGAGAAUCUGCUGGAGACAGUAACACUUCUGACUUGGACUUCCUCUCUAUGAAGACAUAUUCAGAUGUAUCUCUUGAUAUUUCUAUGCUAAGUUCAUUAGGAAAAGUGAAGAAGGAGCUUGAUCAUGAUGAUAACCAUCUACAUCUAGACGAAACAACUAAACUGCUUCAGGACCUUCAUGAAGCUCAGGCUGACAGAGUGGGAUCCCGGCCAUCAUCCAAUUUGAGUUCUCUCUCCAAUACCUCUGAAAGAGACCAACAUCAUCUUGGAAGCCCCUCUCAUCUGAGUGUUGGAGAACAGCAAGACAUGGUUCAUGAUCCCUAUGAAUUUCUUCAGUCUCCAGAAACCUCAAAUGCUACUAGUAACUAAUCUGACAUGUACUAUAUUUAUUUUGUAUUUUAAUUGUAUUAUGUUUUUAUAAAGUUUUUGUCCAUGACAGAAACUGCAUUUUUGUCCUCUUUUCUAUGAGGAUUGCUGUAUAAUAUUAUCAUGUAUACAGGAUUAAACAAGCAAACCCUAACCCCAAACUAAUUAGUGCAUCAUGUUGUUAGCAAUGUACCAAGAACUGCUUUCAUUUUGUUUGUUAAGGGAGAGUGUUAUUUACUGGUGUGUGAAUCUUGACUGAAAAGCAGCGAAUAAUGUGUUAGAAAAAUUGAUAUUUUGUAGACACUGAAAAGCGAUAAUUUUCCCAGAAUCAUGGCAACAGUCAUUAAAUAUAUGCAGUACAAUUAUCAACUAGUUCUGUAGAUAAUUGUUCUGUUAUCUGCUCUUCAGGUUAAGACCUGAACAUCUCCAAGGAAGAUCAAAGAACUGCAUGAACUGGGAUCAUUACUGUAUUUUCCAUCUCCAAAGCUAAUAAUCUGUGGAAAUUGUUUUAAACGUUUCCCCAUAUUUUAAAAUCUUUUUUUAAUCACUGCAGAGAGCAUUUAAUUUGAGAGUAACAGUACUUGGUAAUUCUAGUAGAAUGGUAAUUUACUAAACUUCGACCCUGGAUUUGAAAAAGAUUAAUGUUUUUGUGAUCUCUUAUAUCUUGGAACACAAAGAAAAGGUAAUACUUGUAUUUUUUAAUAUCAUGUGUAUAUCUCAUAGGGUGAAAAAAAUACUAGAUAAGGUGUGCUUUUCAAUAAUUCCCAAAUAAAACUUUUAUAAUACAUCAGUACUGAAACUGAGGGGUUUUGUACUAUUGCUAUUUGCAAGCAGACAAAUGUUAUUAAUUUACCUUAUUUUGUAAAUAUUAAUAAAAAUAGAAAAGCAGUUUUGAUGUAUAGCAAAUCUGUUGUUCUUGCCAGGGAGAAGUUUGCUUCCUUAUACUAAGUCUGAAAUACUAAAGAGUUUUGGGUUGAAUUCAUGUGCUGCUUUGAAAGAUCAAUUUCAUCAUGCCACAUGUAGCUAUAAACAAAAAAAAACCUUUUGGUUUUAGUAACCUCAGUUUUUAGGAACCAUAAGGGAAGUCAGAUAACUGGUAGUAAAGUCUUGAUAAGGUCUAAAUAGGAAGAUAGUUUCGUUCCAAGUGGGAGUGCUGAAGAAAGAACACGGCAAGGUUUUUCUGUCUGGGAGUUGUUAGGAAUGUGUGUGGCACUGUGCUUGGGCUCCUAUGCUACUCCUGCAUUCUGGUGCAUCAUGACUGUGGGUUUUUGGAAGUGACAUGGAUGAUCUGCUGCCCUGAGGCAGUGUUGUUGGCCAGGAUUUGCACGGACACACAGCCUUGUGUCGGUUUGCAGCUUCCCAAAAUUAUUUCAAUUGAAAAGUGUCUUUAAAUCUAAUAUGCUUUUGAUCUCUAGUAAGUCUGAUUUCUCAUACAGUAAAUAUAAAUUGAUUCCUGUAAUAGACUCUAAAUUUUAGUUACAGUUGGUGAGGAAAUCUUUAUUGAAACACUUGCUGUUGGAUUGCCUGCCUUAGCUCUUGAAUAAAAUUCCGCAGGAGAAUGUUUGAAAUCCCUCUAGAGGAAUGUGCUGGUUUUUGUUUGAACUGCAGUGUUUACUACUGAAAACUGAAAUAAUGUGCAGUAAUUUGAUACCUUCACCUUGGAUUUCAGGCAGAAUGCAUUCAAACUCUGUGAAAUUCUGUAGAUCAGCCUUUAUAAGCUCCAUGAGCUGAUUGUAUAAAAGGCUGGAUGUUGUUUGCUUCAUUACUGUACCAGAGAGCACUUUGUGCCUGAGGAAGGUUUGCUUAUUUAUUCAGCCUAUCUGGCCCCUAAGCAAUGUUAGUUAUACACAGCAAUCUCCAACUGCUGUUUCAUGGGUGCUGGACAAUCCCUUCACUAGGCCUACUUCCUGCAUUCCCCAGGGGAAAAAAUGCUUUUAGGACAAAACUUCUUCCUAGAAGAAAAUAUAAAUAUUUUUGCGGUGGUGCCUUCUCAAAAGUGGCAGACAUUGACUUGUAAGCUGUUUGCUGAAUGUACUGAGACACAUGAUUAGGCUCACUAAAUGCCACAAGAAAAGUUUUCAUGUUUCUUUGAGAAAUCUCAUUCUUCUAAAUUUUAUACAAAGAUUGGACUCUUCAGUUUGCAGUCUCUGGUAAAAAAAAAAGCUAAAAUUUUAAAGUAAGUGGUUGAAGUAAUGUCUUUCAGUCACUUGUUUGUCACAGUGCAUUUUUACUGAUUCUCGUGCUAAAACAGAAUCUCUUGCUUCUCUUCGUUAUUGGUGUAUGUGCCUGUGCUUGUACCAGUGGUACACUGUUGCAUAUUCCAAAUUAUUCUGGUUUGUUUGAAAAAAAGCCUUAAGAAGAAAUCUGCCUGUCCUUUCCUUACUUAAUUGAAGGGUAAAAAUAUCCCUAAGCCAUGUCUUAUUUGCUCUUGUCUCUGAAGGUGGUAAGUUCAUAUACACAGAAAAGCUUUGAACUAACCAGUAAAGGCCUCUAAUCUUAUGGUCCUAUUUAAAUACUAGGAAUUUGAAAAACUUGAUUUAGUUCUUUAAGUUUAUAUAACACAUAUCAUUAUUUAUUUAAUCCAAGAUAAACACCAUUCCUUUCUAGGUGUUUGAUAGAUAUUUCCUGUUUGGUUCAUUUGGGAGACGACUGUGUCCGUGGCACCCUGUUCAAUUCUAAUACAUAACAUGUAACAUGUUCUAGCUAGGUGGCACCAUAUGUCAGUAAACUUUAUGUGAGUUCCCAUCGGUUGGAAUAUGCUGCCAUUGAAUAGAGGGGAAAUUCCUAGGCUGUUUUGUAAAAUCAAUCCAGGGUUUCUAUAAAAAAUUGAGAAAAUUAAAUGCAUUUUUUCAAUUUUUCCCUCUAAUAACUGUUAUAUGAAAAAGUGUAUUGUGCUAAGAAUGUAAGUAAUGUUAAAAGAAAUCUUAGAUCUGUUCUUCCACAACGUCGAAAUAUAUCAAUGAAAAUGUAAAAUGGUCUAAAUAAUUGUGAUUAUUCUUUUUUUUUGUAUGUCUAUUGUCAAACUCUGGUUUCAGCACAGACAUCUUCAGUGGCAGCAAAGGGAAUGAUGAGAGUGUAUUGCACAUAUAGCAAACAUCUUUGUAAACAAGGAUUCGGCAUGGAGCAACUUUAUUCCACUCUCUGAGAUACAGAAGUACAGGGACAGAAUUUGCCUGACAGAAUUUUCACCUACAAUAUCAGGUGAUAAAUGAAAAUAAAAAUAUCUUUCUAAUGUUA